AUGGCGGCACCAGCGGCGGCCCCCGGGAGUCGGCGCCUCCUGUUUGUGGAUGACCUGGUGUCCGGCACCUACCGCGGGGCCCUGCGGCACGGCAUCGUGGGGCUGAUACACGGGGAGGUCAGCAGCGGCGACAGCUCCGACUCCGACUCCGAGGGGUUGGGGCGCGAGCGGCCGCUCAAGAAAGGCUUUGUGCGCGUCCAGUGGUACCCGGAGGGCGGGAAACAGGACGUCAAGGAAACCAAGUUGAAACUGGAAGACCGUUCCUUGAUGCCUCGUGACUUGGUGCGACGCAUAGGGCCAAAUGCUGAUAGCCAAUGUGGAACGGUGGUGGAUGUGAAUAUGGAAUGUACAUUAAAAAUCUUGGGAACAAAUUAUAUCCUCCACCCUGUCAACAGUAGAGACUUACUACAUAUCUGGCCAUUCACUUACGGUGACUAUAUUGCCUAUGAUUGCUGGCUGGGGAAAGUGGACAACCUGCUGGCUCAGCUGGUCCUGAAGCUAUCGAAUGGAGCCAGAUGUUUGAUGAAUACCACUGACGGCAGUAAGCUGGUUGAUCUUUGUCCCCAUGUCAGUGACUCGGGGCUUUUCUUUGAUGAAUCCUACGGGUUUUAUCCUGGACAAAUGCUUUUCGGAGCAGCAAAAGUUUUCUCGAGUGUUCAGUGGCUCUCUGGGGUCAGACCAGUGCUAAGCAAAAAGAGCAAGUUCAAAGCUGUUGUUGAAGAGGUUCAAGUGUUGGAGCUUCGAGUUACCUGGAUAACCAAGAGCUUUUGUCUUGGUGGCAAUGAAAGUGUUUAUCCUCCAUCUCCUAUCAUUACGCAAGAGCACCUGCCCAGGGUGAAGCGCUUGAAUUGUUACGAUCAUGCUCGCAUGGUUCUCGCAGAGCGAGCAAUCUAUGUGCUCCCUGGUGAUCCUGAAUGUGCUCCAAUUUCUUCAGAUGGUCCAGAAGGAAAUUCUAUCAUAGCUGUGAAUUCUGUUGUCAGAAAGGUUCAACGACUAUUUGAGAAAGAGCUGGUGAACAGCACAGAUCCUCUGGAAACUGACCAAUCUGAAAAGUACACAGUUGCUUUGGGAGAUGGUUCUGUCAUGGUUACCUCAACUGCUUUCGGGCUGAACUUCAAACCAAGACUAGGUUGGGAAGGUACAACUCAAGUGGCCAUGGAACACAAGUUGCAGUCUUUAAACGGUACCACAGUAAAAGAGAUGGCUUUAACCAAUGGAUCAGUGUCUGCUAAUGCCAGUGAGAUUGAGGUAGACAAGCCGUUGGAUGAUGUGGUGAGAGUUGGUAACUUGAAUCAUACUGAUCAGCCCUUAGUAAUGCCGACACCAGAUUCUUUGCAAUACCAUCAGGGCGGGAAGCUGCAGCUAAUAGAACAAGAUGCAGAUGAUGAAGCAGCGGAAGAUACAGAUGACACCAGCUCAGUCACCUCUUCUGCAAGUUCCACUGCAUCAUCACAGAGUGGUGGGCAAGGACGCAAGAAAAGCAUCCCUUUGUCUAUCAAAAACCUAAAGAAGAAGCACAAGAAGAAAAAGACCAAACCCUCCCGAGAAUUCAAACCAGGGGAUAGGAUUGCUGUGGAGAUUCUGAAAACAGGGACUACUGUGGAUGUGAUGUGGCAAGAUGGGACUGUGGAGAAGAUCAUUCGUUCAAAUGACUUGCUGCCUGUUCAUCAUGUGGACAAUAAUGAGUUUUGUCCUGGAGACUUUGUGGUUGAUAAACGUUCUCCAGGCCCUCCAUUUGUUGGUGUCUACGGGGUUGUGCAGUCAGUUGAUCAUAUUGGUCGGACCUGCUCAGUAAAGUGGUUCAAACCAAAUUCAAACGGGACUGAGAUUGAGAUGUUUGGACACGAAGAGGAUAUCAGUGUAUACGACAUCGCGGAUCAUCCGGAUUUCCAUUUCCGUAUCACUGACAUCGUCAUUUACAUCGGCAAUGUGGAAGAAGGGCAGGCCACAGGCAAAGAAAAAGUGGAACCUUCUGUUGGUCAGGUGGCUCGUGUGGAUGUUGCUGGUAAAGUUGAAGUGGUCUGGGCGGACAGUUCUCGAUCCAGCAUACCACCUCAGCAUCUGUACAAUGUGGAGUCUGACAUUGAGGAGUCGGACUUGGAUUCUGUGGACGGCAGCUCAAGUGGAGCAACAUCUGAUGAAUGGGAAGAUGAGAGUGAUAGCUGGGAAACUGAUGAUGGUCUUACAGAGGAUGAAAACGGAAAGAUGGGUGAAGACAUGAGUAUUGCAAUAGAAUCAUCAGGUCAAUCACAAGAUAAUAAUAUUGAAGGGGACCAGGUUCUACCAGCAGCAGCUGCUUCAAGUGGUGCAUGUUCACUUGAGAAGUGUACCAAGGAUGGUUCUCCCAAAGGCUUUCAUGAGAUAAAAGAAGCCAUCAAGAUUUUGGAAAGCCUAAAGAAUAUGACUGUGGAGCAACUGCUAACUGGUUCGGCAACUUCCCCGACCAUAGAACCGGAGAAGCAGACCAAGGAGAAGAAAUUCCGAGAUGACAUCAAAAAGCUACAGGAGACUCUCAAGAAGACUCUGGACAAUGUGGCUAUUGUGGAGGAAGAAAAGAUGGAGGCCGUGAUGGAAACUGAAAAGAAGGAAGAAAAGUCAGAGGUACAGACUCCAUUGAAGUCCGAGUGGUCCAGUGAUACACCUGUGCUCUGCCAACAGAGUUGCAAACCUGGUGUGACCUUCACUAGUGCUAAAGGAGAGAUCUUUUCUGUACUCGAAUCGGUGCCUGACAGUCAUGCAUUCAAAAAAAUGGAAUUCCAGCCAGCAGAUCCAAGGAAAUUUUUUAGCACUGUGAGAAAGGAGAUGGCACUUCUGGCUACCUCGCUUCCUGAUGGCAUCAUGGUUAAAACCUUUGAGGACAGAAUGGAUCUGUUCUCAGCACUGAUCAAAGGUCCGACACGCACUCCAUAUGAUGAUGGCUUGUUCCUCUUUGAUAUCCAGCUUCCCAAUGUUUAUCCUGCAGUUCCUCCUCUAUUCCGUUAUAUUUCACAGUGCAGUGGACGGCUGAACCCCAACCUGUAUGAUAAUGGGAAGGUGUGCGUCAGUCUACUCGGCACGUGGAUUGGAAAGGGAACCGAACGAUGGACAAGUAAAUCUAGCCUUCUCCAAGUGCUCAUAUCAAUACAAGGAUUAAUUCUUGUGAAUGAGCCAUAUUACAACGAGGCUGGGUUUGAUAGUGACCGAGGCUUACAAGAAGGAUACGAGAACAGUCGUUGCUACAAUGAGAUGGCCCUCAUAAAACUGGUGCAAUCUAUGACGCAGAUGAUUCAGAGACCUGUUGAAAUAUUUGAGCAGGAAGUAAGGGAGCAUUUCUCUAGCAACGGGUGGCGCCUUGGGUAUAGAAUGGAGUCUUGGCUGGAAAUCAAUGAAAUGGUUCAAAGAAGCACAGAAUUGAGCAAUGAAAUCAUCCCACAGGUCUCCCAUUCUGAUAUAGUAGAUAGCAAGUCAGAGCAUCCCUCAGCUUCUGUAGGACAGAUAUCCUCCAAAUCUGUUCAGGAGGUUAAGGAAUCUGGAGUGGAUGGUUUUGAAUUUAAUGUGUACGAUGAGCAACAGGAUGUACUUGGAGCAGGCCCCGACACAGAUGCUGAGCAGCAACAGGGUUCAUGUGAGAAUUCCUACUUAACUCCUGAACAAAAGAAUUCAUCACAGUCUGUCGUGAAGCCAAAGAGGAGGCGAAAGAGUUACAGGAGCUUCCUUCCUGAGAAGCUUGGCUACCCUGAUAUAGGCUUUCCACUCUUUCCCCUCUCCAAGGGGUUUGUAAAAAGCAUUCUUGGCUGCCUUCAACGGUAUAAAGCAGCAUUAAUUGAGUCUGGAAUUUUAGAAAGAAGAGAGGAAAGAUGAGCCCUGCAACACUGGCAAGCCUUACAAGGUUUUCUAGACUUUCAAUAGUUAUGUAAUAUUAGUGGGAGAGGAUAGUGAUCAAAUCAAACUGCACACUUGUUGUAAAUGGAUUGAUAAUAUUAAUAAGCAUCAAGUGGAAGAGCAGCCCCAGCCUGAGUAUUAAAGCAUGAGACGUGUGGUAAAACUGCAUCAUUAGCCUUAGAAUGACAACAAAGUGAGAUCAUAAAGAGAAUCGUUUCACCCGUGACAUUAAACCUCAGUUUGUAGCUUGAGAUGUGCACAGUAUUUAAUCAGAUUUAACUGUUCUACAAUUGUGCUGUUAACAGAACUCUAAAUGCUUGGUUUCUUCCUAUUUAUGUAGAAAGUGCAGUGUGUACAUUUUUAAAGCUUAUUUUCAGUUGUCUUGUAUUACUCCUCGUGUAAUUUGAGUUUGAAUUAAAUUGACCUUCAGGCUAAGGGCUUCCAAAUGUUGACUUUUUUUUUUAAACUGUGCACACAUCAGUAUAUGUGGAGCUACUGAGACUUUCCAACCAAACUAUGUACCUGAGUUCUGCAGCAUGCUGAAAAUUAAAUGUUGGUCAAUUAAAUAAUAACCAAUUGCUGGAAAUGCUAGAGUUGGUGUGUCAGCAAAUCCCUGUCAGCUUUGCCAUUCUCAGGCAUUCUUGUUUUUCUAUUCAGAUGCUGUUUGACCUGUUCUGAAUUGCCACCUUUUUUCAUUUUGUAAAUUAAAAAUGAAACUGCAGUUACCAGAGAAAAAUCUUGCCUUUGGUGUGAAGUCGUUCUACAAUCUGGUGUCUUUUUUUUUUAUCCAUUCUCUUGCAUUCCACUUGCUGGGAAUCUGUUGUGCUCUACAGUUGUACAGAAUUAUUUGAAGUGGGUGUGAGAUUGAAAGCAACUUCAUUCUCAAAUUAUUUUGGCUGUAAAUGAUCUCAUAAUUCCUGAAUCACCUGCAUGUUUCCAUUGAAACUCCAAAGCUCGCACAUGCCACAACUAAUUUAGUGCCUUCGGGUACAGCUCAUGUUAUAAACCUAGGCACUAACUUCACUUAGUUCUAACUUAUGAAAGGAUACAUUAUUGCAGCCAAUUCUUGUUCAAAUCUUUUAUUUAAAACCGCCAGAAAAGUAGGUGAAACAUUACUGUGCUUCACCCACAAUAGCUUUGUAACUGUAAUGUCAUAACUUGCCUGUAAAGUAAAUGUUCAUGUUCUGUAACUGAUGUGUAUCUCCUGUAACUUCAGUAAGUGUUAAUGGGUGUCUGUGAAAUUGAAAAUGAUAAAAGUACAGCAUGAGAAAA